AUGUCUGGAAAAGAAAAUGAUGCGCCGGUGAGCACAGAGCAGGUAAUUUUUUGCUAUUUUCACUAUUUUAGUUUUUUUCGACACGCUAAUCAAGAUUACGUCGUCAAAAACGUAUUUACUUCUUUCGAUAUGAGUUAUGACGUGACAUUGGUUGUAACUUUAAAAGCCCAUAACUACAUGCAAUGCUGGUUUUUUUCUGGAAGUAUAUAUACUUUUUUGUUCAGAGUUAGUUAGUCACAAACUUCCCCACUUUAUAAUUCGAAUUCGGAGUUAAGACAAGAGUUUUCAAAAUCUGUUAUUUUCUAGAUCCAACAAAACAGCGAGGUCAAUGAACAAAAACAAGCACAAUCACAAGCUCAAAAACAAAGCGUUGGUUGGAGUUUGGAUGAUUUCGAAGUCGGGCGUCCCCUGGGAAAAGGAAAAUUUGGAAACGUGUUUAUUUCACGCGAGAAAAAGACAAAAAGAAUUGUCGCCCUGAAAGUUCUUUUCAAAAGUCAAUUAUUAUCAUUGGGUGUCAGUCAUCAACUUCGUCGCGAAAUUGAAAUUCAAUAUCACCUUCGACAUCCAAAUAUUUUGGGACUUUUCGGAUAUUUCCACGACGAAAAACGCGUUUUUGUGAUGUUGGAUUAUGCAUCGCGUGGAGAACUCUUCAAUUUUUUGCAAACUCAACAAGGACAUCGAAUUGAUGAGCCAUUGGCGGCGAAAUUUGUGAGGCAAUUGUCGGAAGCGUUGAAAUAUUGUCACUCGAAAGGAGUUAUCCAUCGAGAUGUCAAACCGGAGAAUUUGCUUUUGGAUGCUAAAUUAAAUUUGAAGGUAAAGAUUACGAUUUUGAAAGGGAAAUAAUAGGAAAAUAUCUAUUUUUGGUCGGGAAACUUUCAUUUUUAACUGUCAAUUUUCCACCUCAAAAUCCACCAAAAUAUUCUUACAGCUCGCCGAUUUCGGUUGGAGUGUCGUAGCGGACCAUUCAAAACGCAAUACCCUCUGCGGAACCAUGGAUUAUCUCGCACCCGAAAUGGUUUCCAAUGAACCACACAAUUAUUCUGUCGAUAUUUGGGCAGUUGGUAUUUUGACAUUUGAAAUGUUGGCCGGAUAUGCACCAUUUGCUCAACACAGUAGUGAAGCUUUAAUUGCACGUAUUAAGGAUUGUAAAGUUACUGUAAGUGAUUUUUUCUUCAAAAAAAAGGGUGCUGGAAAUUGAAAAAUAAAACCAAAAUUAAAAAAAUUGAUUUUUAUAAUUAGACUAUUUCUAAGAUGAAAAAAUAUCGAAACGUCUGAAAAACGUGGAUUUUUCACAGGAAUAACAUGAGCAAUACUGAAAUUAAAUAAUUUUUACAGUACCCAUCAACAAUCACUGAAUUGCCAAAAUCCCUGAUCGCCGCAAUUAUUAAAAGAGAACCAUCGGAUCGUUUGCCAUUACAACAAGUCAUUUCGCAUCCAUGGAUUGUACAAAUGCAACAAUUUGAGGAAAAUAGUGUGAAAUCGUAUUUGGCCAAAAUUGAAGAAGCCAAGAAGAAGCACUAA